GGAGAUCGGGGAUGGACUGGGAGUGGCGGAAGAGGAGCAGCCGCGAGUCGUCGGGCGCGGCGGCGGUGGCGCGGAGGAAGCCGAGCAGGCCGCGGAGCCCCCGCGCGCGGAGGAAGGAGAAGUCGGCCCCGGCGUCGCGCAGCCCGGCCCGCAGCGCCAGCGUCACCUCCCGGUACAGCCGCCGUCGCGCCAGCGCCUCCGCCAGCUCCCCGCCCCCCUCCGCCCGCGACGACGACCCCUCCCCUCCCCCCGCCUCCACCGCCGCCUCCUUCCGGCUCAUCCCCGCCCACCGCCUCCGGUCGCCGGCGACCUCUCCUCGCCUCUCUCCCCCCGCUGCUCUUUUCUUUCUCCCAAAAUUCCCCUUUUGCCCCUGGGUCAUCGCCGAGAGAAGCCAACGCCUUCUUCUUACCACCCGAAGCCCACUCCCGGCCCAACGAGCCCGCAGCGAGGCCCAACGAGCCCGGAGCUGUGACGGGCUAGGGAAGCCCAGGCCCAACGAGCCCGGAGUGGUGGCUAGUGGUGGGAGGGGAGGGCCGCCUGGCGCCGCCAAAACCCUCAAAACCCCCGGCGAGCGGCGAGGAGAGGCGGCGGCGGCGAUGGCGACGGCGACGAGGGCGAAGGACCUGGCGCGGAGGUCGCCGAAGAAGUACGUGGAGGAGGCGCUCUACCGGCGGCUGUUCCGGCGGGGGUCGACGCCGCAGGCGGUGCGCGAGGAGGUGGACGGCUUCCUCGGCAGCCGCAAGCGCGCCUUCAAGUGGGAGGUCGCCGUCUGCGUCCGCCGCCUCCGGCGCCAGGAGCUCUACCGCCCCGCCCUCAAGCUUACUGAAGUUAUGACUAGAAGAGGCAUGAAUCCUACAGUCGGUGAUCAAGCAAUCCGCUUGGAUCUUGUUGCCAAAUCGAGAGGCAUCGCUGCUGCUGAGAAGUACUUCAUGGACCUCCCAGAAACUUCUAAAACACAUCUCACAUAUGGCGCUCUUCUCAACUGUUACUGCAAGGAGUUAAUGACUGAGAAGGCUGAGUCCCUUAUGGAGAAAAUGAAGGAGCUCAACUUUGCUUUCACUGCCAUGUCCUACAACAGCUUAAUGACACUAUACACUAAGGUCAACCAACCUGAAAUGGUGCCCAGCAUCAUCCAGGACAUGAAGGCUGAUGAUGUUCUACCAGAUGUCUAUACUUAUAAUGUCUGGAUGAGGUCACUUGCAGCUCGUCAGGACAUAUUAGGGGUCGAGAGGGUGAUUGAAGAGAUGACAAGGGAUGGCCGUGUUGCUCCUGAUUGGACUACAUACAGUAACCUGGCUUCCAUAUACGUUGAUGCUGGACAGUCUGAGAAGGCAGAAGCCGCUCUUAAGGAGCUAGAGAAGCGCAACACUGGCAAUGAUCUUGAAGCCUACCAGUUCCUCAUUACACUGUAUGGGCGAACACAAAAUUUAGUGGAAGUUCAUCGUGUUUGGCGGUCACUGAAGAGGAAUAAUCCUAGGAAGGCAAACAUGAGCUAUCUUAACAUGAUUCAGGUUCUUGCAAACUUGAAGGAUCUGCCUGCUGCUGAGGCCUGCUUCAAAGAGUGGGAAGCUCGGUACAUCCGUCCACCUAAGACUAAAGCAACUGAUGCUGUGACAACUGAAACUUCUAAGUUGGAAGAAGAAGCUUCAACCGAGGCAUCUAAUAAUGAUUCUGAUGUUAAGGAAACAGAGGACAAGGGAACAGAGGAGCUUGACCUGAAACGUCCUAAAUACGACAUCCGGGUUGCAAAUGCUCUGAUGAAAGCAUAUGUUACAGAGGGUAUGCUUGACAAGGCCAUCGCUCUCAAGAAGCGUGCCAAGAUGCGCGGAGGAAGGCUUAACGCGAAGACGUGGGAGAUUUUCAUGGACCACUAUCUAAAGGUGGGGGAUCUGAAGAAUGCCCAUUGGUGCGCCGACCGUGCAAUCAAGAAGGGACACAGCAGCGGCAGGAUUUGGGUGCCACCACAUGACGUGACCAAGACCUUGAUGGGCUACUUUGAGAAGAAGAAAGACGUGGACGGCGCUGAGAGUUUUGUCGAGGUGCUAAAGAAGGUGCAGAAAGAUCUGGGGACGGUGGUGUUUGAGCCGCUGGUACGGACGUACGCGGCGGCUGGGAAGAAGUUCCCUGGGAUGCGACACCGUCUGAAGAUCGAAAACGUGGAACUCAGCGAGGAAACUGACAAGCUGGUCGAUUCCAUCUGUGUUGAUUGAUUACGUUUAUUAGAAUCCCACUUUGUUCCAUCUCAAUAACAGACAGCAGGAUGCUCUCAAUUUUUUUCCUGUUUUCUUCUGCAAAACCUGUAACACCAAAUGUUAGCCUGACAUUUAUUUCGGUUCGCCAAGGUCUCUGCACACCAUCGGAGUCCUUUUGCUGUUGAAAUGCUCUGCUUUUCUGUGGUACUGUGGCCUCAGUGAACCGAAUGAACUACAAAUGCUUCAAUUGUUUGAAACAAAAAUUGAAUUUAUGUA